UCGGUUUGCUUUCUUUUUAAUCGUAUAUUUUAUGCAUCGAGUUGGGCUAGACAGAUGGCGAUUAAAACAACGUAUCUGAUUUCAUGUUUGGUUUUACUGGCCAAUUGUAAUAUAUACGCUACUUGCACCUUUCCGACAGAAGAUUGCGACGAAUCGAAAGUUGGUAGCACCGGAUACUUCGCUUCAGGAAGUGCUCACUCUUCGCAAUAUGUUUUGCCAAGUGGAGAAGUAGUUACUCAUUCGAAGGGAAGCAGUAUUUCUUCGGCUGAUGGAAUUAAAAAAACAUUUGAACACCUCAAACACGAAGCUAAUCAAUUCGUGUCGAAACAAGCAGACACUUUGAAUAUUCCAAACGCUCUACCACCUCUACACUCAAGCUAUGGUCAGGAUCUCCAAAGCCUUCAAUCUUCUUUUGGCGUUGGCGACCUGACAUAUCCUUCUCAAGCUCAAGGAUACUUCAGCAAAUUAGAAAGCGCCAACCAUCAGAAACAAUUUGUUUCCGGAGCAGGUUCCCAGAACGCUCAAGUUAUCUACCAUGCAGUACCUCAAACGAAAAUCGUAUCCACCAAAAAGGAACAAGUAGUGAAUAAAAAAGUAAUCACUCACGGAUCGAAUUCAUACGGUGCUUCAUCAGGAUUAGAAGAAAUUGAAACCAGCCAAAACGGAUUAGAUUCUAAUCUGAACACCGACGGUGUACUAUACCAAUCAGUACCAUCGUACGUACAAACCGGAAACACCCACCAAGAAGAAAUCGAAACGGUAAAAACGAACGCUCAAUUACGACCAGUCGUCAUACAAAAAAUUCAACAAGCUCCCAGUCAAAUUUCCUACAGCAAACACGAACAACAAACAGUGAAACAAAACUCCAGCUCUCAGCUCGUUCCAGGCCUCCCUGGGUACAUUCCAAAUGGACAAUUUACCACCGGUGUCGUCGAUUUGAACACUUUUGUCGGCAACAGACUGCCAGCUAAACAACAAUCCGUGAAUUCUGAAAAACAUUACUCGCAUAACGAAGAUACAGAAUCGUCUUACUACGAAGGCGCCGGUUCUUCGGCCAGUUCCGAUGUAAACAUUCAACAAAAAGAACACAAAUAUAACGCCGUUCCUUAUAACCAAGUAAUCGACCGACCAGUGAAAAUAAAAUACGUUUACGAUGGUAAAACUCUCCAUAAAAUGGAAGAAUACAGCUCCGGAGCAGUGAAAAAUGUACCAAUCACGGUCGAAGAAUACGAAAACACUCUGAAAGAAAUUCAACAACAAAGCUCCUCUCAUGCUUCCCAAUCUUACGUUAGUCAACCAGUCAGUCACGAGAAACCAGAAUCCGACGGUUACUAUUAUUACCCCAAAGCUCAAGGAUUAUCAUUACCUUCGAACACACAAACCAUCAAGAAAGAAGAAUCCCAAAGCUCGCAUUCCCAACAAACCAUCACCAACGGAAACGUCGAACAAUUCUCUCAUUUGCCAUUAAACGUCAAUUCCCAAAAACAAUACGCUACCCAUUCCGGAUACACUGGUACCCAAUCCGGAUACGCUGGUGUUGUUCCUCCAGCUUCUUCGCAAAUUAAUUACUUCGAAUCGGGAGCUCAAUCUGCUGACGCUUUCAAUCUACAGAACGAAAAUCCCGCAAUUUUAGUCAGAGGUGUACCUCAGCUAAUACCUGUUCAAAAUCAACAACAUUCUAGCUCCAGCAGCGGUAGCACUUUCCAUUCUUCUAGUUAUUCCGGCUCGAACGGAGGCAGUUUCGUGUUCCCAGCUGAUUCCAUCACUAGUUCCCAUACAUCCGGUGAUGUAUUUGAAAAACUUUCAUCUUUGAAUACCAGCGGUACGAAACUACUCAAUUGUGGCGACUGUUUGACCGGCCUAGGUGCUUCGAAUUUACCAGUCAAGAAUUCCUAUGGAAUUGCAACCUCUUUCUCAAGUAGCUCGAGUAAUAUUAAUGGUAAAAAGACCGAAAAUAGACAAGCUUCGGUUUCGGUAAAUGAUAACGGAAAAGUAGAUACGUACAAUGUCAAGUCGUAAGCAAACCAUUGAAUUUUUUUGUUGUUAGAUGAGUUAUUUGUUCUUUCUUUUAAUUUAUUUUUUCCCAAAAAUUUAAUUUUCUAUUUAUUUCGAUGUUGAUGUUAUCUAAUUUUACUGUGAUAUUUUUAUAAUUAUAAUAAAUUAUUUUUCUACGUGAAA